AUGCCAUUCUUUUCCAGAUGCCUUGCCGAUUACUACAUCCACACGAUCUACGAAGCCUCCAAGCGGAUCGCUGGCAAGUCGGUCGGAAAGUUCAAAGAACUAGUGAUCCAGGCAAGAGAUGUUAGCAGUACCAAAGACCCCAAAACUGCUAAACAACUUGUGAAAGACAUCUGCAAAGCCGAAGAGUACGACCAACAGAUCGUGUUGUCAUAUCUCGCCGACAUGGCGUAUGAUUCAGAGACUGCCCUGGAAAUCUUCCAGCGGGCAGUGUGCAAGCUCGCCCAGACGUGCAGCGGCUCCAGGGCGGACCGGCUCUUCAUCCUCACCGCCGACAUGUUCGUCAGGAUCCUGCAGACCACAAAGAGAUCAGAUCUCUGCUCCAUGGCACUUCGACCUCCUCCUCCGCACGGAAAGAGGAAGAAGCUGCUGGGUCUAGCCGAGCUCUGGUACGAGCAGCAGUUCAACCUGGGCACCGCGCGGCUGGCUGUGGAGGUCCUCUGUAGACCGCUGCUACAUCAUCCGCAUCCUGAAGUUCGUGAGACCAUGGCUCGCCGUCUAGCAAUGCGGCAGGGAAGACGUGCGGACGACAUCAUCAUUGAGUGGGAGGACCUGGUUCCUAUUGAGGCUAAACACAUCAGUGACCAGUACAAACUGCUGGGCCUGCGCAUCGUCACACACCAGCCCACGCCUUGUCAAGACCUGGAGGAUCACGUGGUUUGGAAGGGGACUACGACGUACAGAAAUGUGGCUGUCAAGGUAUACAAGAUGAAUUCCAUGCAGGACUUGAUGAGUGAUGGGGACAGGUCGGAGGGUGCACGGACCGUGAGAAACAACGUGCGCAUGUUGGGAGAAUUGAGCGGCAGUCCAAACAUCCUCCGGCUUCUGGCCUACCAGCUCCGACCUCAGCCUGUGUUCCACAUCACUGAGUUCAUGGACGAGGGGAAUCUACUGGACUUCCUGCUCCGGAGGCGAACAGAGCACCAGCACACCAGGUCCUCCCUGCUGUACCUGCGGUCUCUGCUGACCCUCCUGCUGGACAUGGUGGCCGCUCUCCGCUACUGCCAUGGCAACAACAUCGUCCAUCGUGACGUCAUCGCCAGGAACUUCCUGGUGUACAGAAAGAGAGGGACGUACAUGUGCAAGCUGGGUAAUUUCAACAUGGCUGUUAAGGCACCGAUGAUUGAAGAAGAGACAUACGAGUGCCCCGACUGCCUGCAGAUAGCUUUCCAAGGGUCUUACGACGAUCCCGUCGCCAAGCUGUGGACCGCCCCCGAGUCGAUGGUCGGGUACCAGUUCUCGGACAAGAGUGACGUGUGGAUGCUGGGCUGCGCUAUGUACGAGGUGCUGACGCACGGCUGCCGGCCCUUCACCGAGAUGUGGGGCAUGGCCGCGGACGAUAUCGUGCAGCAGGUUGUGUUCGGGCUGCGCCCCCGCCAGCCGUCCUGCGUGCCGAGGAAGCUGUUUCAGUCGGCCAUGCUGCCCUGCUUCCUCGCCGACCCUGCCGAGCGGAUCGCCCUGAUGCAGCUGGAGAGGAAGCUGAGGGGUUACCUGAAGGAGUGCCCCCUACCGGGUGUGGAACACAUAGAUGAUAUCCAUCCUCCGCCUCGGCUGUCUCCUAACCAGUCAACACGGCCAGAAAGGGGAAUCCCAAGGAAUUUGGAGACACAGAUCAACAGUGAAACAGAAGUCCCCGGGACUGAAUACAAGAUCGAAAAGGGGAAGUUUCCCUGCUCUGCAAGUGAGAUACUUGCCUACGACCAGCCCAACGAACAGGGGGAGGAGUUCCUGCUGUUGAAAGACGGACAAGUUCCUUCCGUCGACAGACGGAGGAAGGAGAUGCUGCUGAGGCUAGAUCACGUGAACAUCAGACGGGUCAUGGACAUCGUCAUCAACGGCAACCACGUCAAACAGAUGUCACAAGUUUUUGCAGGGGGUCAGCUAACCCUUUUGGCUGCAGCUAGAGACAAGCGACUGUCCGUUGACGACAUGGUUCGGUGCCUGAGCCAAGUGGCGGACGCCAUGGCCUUCGCGCACGGGACUCUCCUCAAGGGAGAGGGCGUCAUCCACUGUGACCUGCGGGCCAUGUACGUCAUCUGUGAUGGACAGCACGUAAAGGUUGGUAGGUGGGGCCGUGCCAGCCGCCUGCGGCUCCGCUUGUAUGACACCAAGCUGUCCGAAAGUGUGGUGACCAAGCCCAUGCCUCAAGACGCCCUGAGAUGGUCACCGAUGGAAGUGAUAGAAAGCGGGAUCUACUCGCAGGGCAGUGACGUCUUCACGUUCGGACAGGUGUGCUGGGAGGUGUUCCACGCCUACAACGCGGACAGAGGCAGCGAGAACAGGAUGCUGGCGCCCUACCCUUACCUCAAGGCGUUAGAGGUCCUGCCGUACCUGCAGCGCAGACAGAGGCCCCUCCAGCCGUGCGACUGCCCCGACUGGCUGUACCGCCUCAUGAAGCUAUGCUGGCUGGACGAGCGCAGCCGCCGCCCGGGCUUCGACAAGAUCGCGGCCUGCUUCAAAAGUCCAUCUACAUCGCCAAUGUUGGACAUUGGUGACGACGGAACUUACAAGAAACGGGCUCCUGGUGGAAACGAAGAGAGCCUGAACGCGGCACUGAACCACCAAGACCGCCACUAUUUCCGCCAGGGUCUGCUCCAGAGCAAUACCGACUACGCCACAAAGCACGGCAUCGGCAGCUACUGGGUGUGGGACACCGAUAACAUGUCGCAGGGCAGCGCCGACACAUUCUACACCAUGACGUCAGACCAAACGGUCGACACCGUCAGCAGCGACCUAACAUCCGGGACCUGGCAGUCUGCAGAGUCGCGGUCAAGGGCGGGAACUGACAGCACACGGUUGUCUGAAGGUAGCCAAAGCUCCUCUCCAAUAGAAGAUCUCGUGGAAUACACAACAUUGGACUUGCAAUCAGACCAAUCGGUCGCAGGAUCAAGUCGUAAGAGCUCUCGAGGACAAGAAGUCAUUUAUAACAAUUCGCUCAGCAUGGCACCUCUUGUUGCCGAGUUGAGUGCCCAACUGCAAGGGGCACAACCAACAAAUGCCGCAGAGAACGAUGCAGACGACACUAGUGAUGCCGUCACUCUGGAAGACGAGGCAAAAGAAGAAUCAGAAAUAAGGCUUCUUCGAAAAACGUCAUUCCUAAACCCUUCCUACGAAAGCAAUGCACCUACCCGUUUCCAGGGGAUGCAGGAAAGCGUGAACAUGGCUAGACCUGAAAAUCCAGCAUCCAGUUUGGUGGGAACAAACUCUCCAAACACUGGCGAUAAGGGCAAAGCAAAUGAUGACGCGGACUAUUACACGAAGUUAGUUCGUCCUGCUUCAAGCAGUAGUACGCAUAGCGUACCCUCACCUAACCACAGAGGCGAAGGCUACACUAACCAGCCCAAGCUUCCGUCACGGCCUCCCGUCCCUCCACGCCCAUCGACGAUGGCAACAAGCCCUGAAGGACAGAAAGGGAGCGGCUCAGCAGCUGUGAUGACGUCACGCGAGGACACGCCACCUCCCCCGGUCCCACCACGCGUUAUCCUGAACUCGGCAGAUACGGAGGACACCCAAGACGACCCACCGUACGCAGACGUCCGCGUGCGACGUAAGAGCCAAGAUGCAGUAUCCCCCGCCCACAUAACACGUCCCCUAAGUAGGUGCGACCUCAACAACAUGCAGCACGACAGAGGAAGUCAGGAAUGGAACCAGGAGUCAUCCAGCUGCCCCUCGUCCAUUGCCAGCCCCAUCGGCCCGAACGCGUCGAGGCUCAGAGUACACUCCGACACCUCGUUGUCGUCGCAGGAUUCGUCGUACUUCGGAAGCAGCCAGGAGAGUGUUGCGAUGACUUCGAACCAGAAUUCACCAGUGACACCAGUGAAUGGGACGAAAGGUGUUGUGGCAAAGAUCAAGAAAGUGAAAGGCAGCGUAAGGAGAAAGUUUAGCCGUAAAAAGGGUAGCGACCAGGGAGACAGAGCUGGAGGGGCACGUGGUGAGGGGGUGUUUCGCUACACGUCAGAAGAAGCUGAUGCUAGAAACCGGAAGAGCACAUCCUCAGCCUAUAGUGACUAUAGAGACACUGACGCCAACUCCGACCAGGAAGAGUUUGACACUAGGCUUUAA